AUGUGUUUGUUGCUUUCUUAUAAAAAUUCUAAAAUAUAUAAUGAUAAUAAUGACAACUCAGAAUCUGAUAAGAAUAAGCAAGAAGAAGAGAACACUGGUGGUGUUCUCAAGAAAGUUUGCAAAUAA